CCACAAACCCGCCCGGCCAAUGAGCGGCCUCCUCCUCCCCCCCGAGGCGAGCUUUUGAAACGGGGUUGAAGGAGAGGAAAAGUCCCGCGCGGCGGAGGCGGCCCCUCCCCUCGCGGCUGCCCGAACGUCGCCGCCAUGCACUCCCUGGUAAGACGGGGGGAGGGGGGAGAGAGGGGGGCGGGGAGAAAUGGGGGGGGCGGGGAGGGGGGUAACAUGGGCGCGGCGGGGGGGGUAUCUGUCUCCCCCCCUCAAAAAAUCGAGGAAAUAAUUAGAAAUCAAUAGUUAAAUAACUGACCAAUCGCGCCACCCUCCCCCCUCCCAGUAUAAAUCCUGGCUACGCCUCUCGUGAGGCGAUUUCGCGCGCGACAGCCUUCAGUUUCGCCUCAGUUUCGCUCCUCAUUUCUCCCGACUAGAUUCGAACCGUAAAAGUUCGCUUGACGUAACAUAGCUCCAUGUUACGUCGAUCGAACUUUUACAGUUCGAAUCUAGUCGGGAGAAAUGAGGAGCGAAACUGAGGCGAAACUGAAGGUUUCUUUCUUGUUGGGGGCCUGCCAGUGGUUACUAGGACGUCCUAACUUCACUAUGGAUAUCUAUCUCCCCUACCCCCCACCCUUUUCUUUUCUUUUUAUUAUUAUUAUUAUUAAACUGUGGGUCGUCUCAUUCGCCUUUUAGGCAAAAUGAUUCCGGCUCCAACGCUUUCAUUCUGCGACCUGAGCAGAUUUAGUUGCAGUAAAGCUCUUUAAAAAGGGAACAAACGUGAAUUUUGGUCGUGUUUACAUUUUUAAAAACAACCACCAAUAUGGACACUCAGCAUAAAAUAGCAAGUGUCCAUGCGACGGUUACAAUUAUUGACAAAAAUUAUUGACAAAAUGUUCAACAGUAUAACGAAAAGGUUUAGUAGUGGUAGUAAUGUCAUAGACUUUUAGUAUCAGUUUCGUGGUGUGUGUGGAAGUCAUUAUUUAGUAAAUUUGUACUAGAUCUGGUACUAAAUCCAAGGUGCAUCUGGAAAAAGCUCUGUGUUCAUUUACUGACUCAUCUGAUUUUUCUCCUGAAAUAUUUACGUCGGAGAUGUAACAACCCACCUCAUCCGCAUAGAGGAUGAUGCCCACUUCUGAGAGUUUGUAUUCUUUUGACUACGUUGUGUUGCCUCAUCCUGAAGUUCCAGUCUCAUAAUAUAUAAUAAAAUGGAUAGCAGACAUCCAUACCUGGUUUUGCUUGCCAGAUUAAAUGUCUUAGAAGAUUUACCAUCGAUUGAAAGUAUACCAGCUGAUUUAGUAUAGAUUAUAAAACAUUUUUCUGCCCAAGGCAGAGCAAGAAAUAAAAAGCUCAUCCCCGAGACAAUAUACAGUGGUGCCCCGCAAGACGAAUGCCUCGCAAGACGGAAAACCCGCUAGACGAAAGGGUUUUCCGUUUUUGAGUUGCUUCGCAGGACGAAUUUCCCUAUGGGCUUGCUUCGCAAGACGAAAAUGUCUUGCAAGUCUUGAGAUUUUUUUUCGCUCCCCCCCCCCUUUUUCUAAGCCGCUAAGCCUUUAAUAGCCUUUUAGCAGCUAAACCGCUAAGCCGAUAAGCCUUUAAUAGCCACUAAACCGCUAAUAGUGCUAAUCUGCUAAUCCGCUAAUAGGGUUGCUUCGCAAGACGAAAAAACCGCUAGACGAAGACACUCGCGGAACGGAUUAAUUUCGUCUUGCGAGGCACCACUGUACCUGGUUUUGCUUGCCAGAUUAAAUGUCUUAGAAGAUUUACCAUCAAUUGAAAGUAUACCAGCUGAUUUAGUAUAGAUUAUAAAACAUUUUUCUGCCCAAGGCAGAGCAAGAAAUAAAAAGCUCAUCCCCGAGACAAUAUAUUUAGUACUCUAGGUCAGUCAAGUUAUUCUGGCACCUGACGUAGAACAUCCCACAAGUGCCUCCCUUCUCCCGUGAAGUGAAAAUACAACAAUAAUUAAAGAAAUAACAACUUGCUGCCUUUUCAUGACACUCUAGCUGCCAGAGGCAGCUGCCUUACUCUGCCUAACGGCAAGUCAGGUCCUAUCACUCUUCAAAUACAGGACAGCUUUUUCAAACUGUUCAUUACUGAAUGUAUAAUUUUACUUCUAUUAAAGCUGGCUCUUCCUUCACUAUGAUUAUUCAAACUUCUGCUGUUUGUGUGCAGCCUUGAGUUGCCUUGAUUAUGUUUUGUAUAGCUUCGUGGCAUAUGAUUACUGCAAUAAAUAUUGUCAUUUUCAAGAAGCAUAUUCAUAAGAAUUAUUUCUUUUUUGUCAUCAGAAUCACUUAAAAGAUAACUACAGAGCAAGAUACUGCAACAAACAAGGGUAAUUAACUUUUGUUUAUUAAACUUCUAUUAUUCUGAAGCAGCCAAAAAUGUGGAUUUCCAAUAGUUAAGUGUGCCUCAUAUGUCAGUAUUUCAUAUCAGCCGGGAUCAAAAGAACUGUGCUACUAAUUCCACACACCUAAGAAAUUUGAUGAUUGAGCUUAUGUUUCUUGAACAUAUCCCCACUCCUAAUGAAUAGUAAACCACUUUUCAAAUAGAGUUCAAUCAUUGCAUAUCCCAUCAUGAAAUCAAAUCACUGUUGUUUGACUGCUUUGUAUAAUGCAGCAUUAUCAAUAUGCUGAGAAGGCAAUAUUUGCAGGUUGGAAUAAUUUUUGAAGUCAUUCAUAUCAUUUGUCUUUCCCCCCUGCCAGUCCAAAUAAAGUUCCUGAUAUACAGCAAGGAGAAAAUGUAUUGAAAUAUAUACAAGACUGCUUUACAUGUAAGUUACCUAUUUUGUGAAUCGUUUACAAUGCAGUAUGCAAUAUGUGAACUGUUCUGAAAAAAAUAGUUUGAUCAUGAUUCCACAAAUUGUGGAUGGGAUUGGUAGUGAACCAUUAUUUUCUUGUGAGCUGUAAUGCCACAGUUUCUGAACCUAUCAGAUUCUGUAGUCAGAACCACGGGCCAAAUCCACAAAUUCUUCACAUCUUUUUUGUACCAAAACGUAUACAUGCACUGUGUUUUUAAAGCUGUUUUCAAAGGGCUGUUUUAAAGGGCUACUUUAAAUUCCUGCCCAUGUGCGACAAAAGUGAAAAAGAAUUCCACAUUUCCAAGAAAGAAUAAGAUUUAUGGUGCCUUAAAGAUUGCAGUAUGUAAGCAAUCUCAGACAACUCACUUGGUUCGUUAAAAAAAUAAACAAAUCUUACAUGCUAAAUUAAAUACAGGUAGUGAACGUUUUGAGUGGGGUUUGUGUUCCUGAUCCUCACAUGUGUCGGCAGAGUGCAUGUAAGCCCACUACGCCCCUAUUACACCCCUUUUCUGGCCACUUCCAGCGUUGGCAUGAUGCACACAUCAAUUGGGUGUGCCUGAAACAGCUGUUGCCUGCAUAACCAAAGGCAAAAGAGGAUGUACUUGUAGUGGUGUAGGAAGACAUGAAUUGGGAGUGUCUCUAAGCUUUCUAGAUCAGUUUCUCUCUGAUACUUGUUAAGGUUCUACUACUAUUGUUCAGAUGUCACAGUAAGCUAUGGCUUAGAGAAACAUGAAUAAGUGUGUUCUCAUGGACUCAUAUGCUUCCUUCCCCCUCUUUCAGCAUGGCCAGAAAAAUAAAUUUGGAAGCUCUUGCUUUUAAUUACCCAUGAUUUAUCAUGUCAUCAACUAAUUCAUAGUCUGUAAAAAGCUGCUCCCUGCUGCUGUGCUAAGAGCCCAGUCCUAGGGAGAAUGAGAUGUACCCAAACCCAUUAAAUCGGGGGGGCUUGCUGAGCUCUGUGUAGAAUUGUCCCACAAGCUUCAUGCCACACAGUCGUAUUCCUCUUGAGGAAUCUUACUCGUUAUAUUUUCCACUCCUGGCAGGUUGGCAAACACAAUUUUGAAUCCCUCAAAAAUGGCAUUUUGACUUAGGAUAUUUGUGCCCUUUCUAGUUAAAAGAACCAACGAGCAGGUACUACUAGAUUUUUCUACUUAACCAUUCCCCCCCCCCCCAAUCUCUUUAGCUUGUGCAGAGGAAAAUACAGUAUGCUCCCCAAGCAUAUCAUGUUGCUCAUCCCCUUGCUCAGACUUCAGUCAAACUCUAUCUCAUGGGAGAAAGGUAAGUUGUUUCUCUUUUUAAUAUGACUUUUUUGUGAUUGUCCAUGUAUCCAUGCAUGUUAUGUCAUUUAACAUAUCCAGUCACGUUUGGUCAGCUGAAGUUGAUUAGAUUGAAAAAGUGACACUUCUGUUAUGCUGCUGGUUUAAAAUUUUCUUUUUCUUUGUUAACCCAUGUUACUCAGACAUGGACAUGGUGUUAUUGGUGGUUUAUUUGAUAACAUUUCCCCCUUCAGCCCAUAUAAGAUAAUCUAAGAGCCCAUAUGAGCUAAUCUGAGGGAAAAGUGAUCUGCAGACCAGAGCCACUGCUGCCUUGAAAAGAAAAUCCUAGCUGCUGUUCUGCUCUGUUGGAUUUGUAACAUCUUUAAUGGGUGCUGGCGCUGUGGGUUAAACCACAGAGUCUAGGACUUGCCGAUCAGAAGGUCAGCGGUUCAGAUCCCUGCGACGGGGUGAGCUCCCGUUGCUCGGUCCCUGCUCCUGCCAACGUAGCGGUUCGAAAGCACGUCAAAGUGCAAGUAGGUAAAUAGGUACCACUCCGGUUGGAAGGUAAACGGCGUUUCUGUGCACUGCUCUGGUUCGCCAGAAGCGGCUUAGUCAUGCUGGCCACAUGACCUGGAAGCUGUAUGCCGGCUCCCUCGGCCAGUAAAGCGAGAUGAGCACCGCAACCCCAGAGUCGGUCAUGACUGGACCUAAUGGUCAGGGUUCACUUUACCUUUAAUAAACUGAAGCUGAAUUCAGACAAAACUGUGGGUGAACCGUUGACCUAUCAUGAUUUUGGUUUCACAAUUUUUGACCUGGCAAUAUAUUGCGACUUAUGAUAUGUGUGUGUGCGCUAUGCCUGACACAAAAAAGAUAAGAAAUGUGGCAAUAGGUGACUCUUUUGGAGAUCCACAACUCAGAAGGUGCUCUUGCUAGUGAUCUCUACUACCUCCGUAACUUACCACGUGCGUUAGACUCAUGAAAGAUUGGAACAGCUCCAUGAUUACUGCAGGAGCCAUGAGCUCCUUGAGCUGGUCACAACAGUGUAGCCUCAACAUGGAUGUUCACACUGUGUGUGUUUUCUCCUGCAUUAAGAUUGAUAUUGUAUAAGAUAGCCAGCAUGAUUUAGGCAGCCCAAAUCUCAGAAACAACAUUUUAUUUGUGAAGCUUGUUUUUAUUGUGUUUAUUAACAGUGUAUUUUUCUAUUAUGUUGCCCUUUUGAUUGUCAGGAAGAACAGAUAGAGCCAGAACCAAAUAAGAUUAACUAUGUGCAGAAUGUAUUUAAUACCAACAUCUUACCAUCAGAAGAAGAAAAUGACAGGAUUUCAGGUGGGCAGCAUGAUUUUUCAUCUGGUAGUCAUUUGGGUGAGGAUAUUAAAACAUCGGUCUUUUGUACGUUAAUGCCACCAAAACAUAUUGAAGUACAAAAAAAUUGAAAUUAAACAUAGAUCAUUUCCAGAUAAUUUGAAAAGUGAAUGUAGCAGUUCCGAUCUCUGCUUUGUUUCCAUUCCCCAUGUAAGAAGUGAGGGAAGGGGAAGAGAGGUGAGUUUUAUUAUAAAAAAAUGUAGGGGUAGCACAUUUCAGUCCAAAAUUUCUAGGGGCAAGGAGGUGGGAGGGGAGCUAAAGAACAGAACUAAAUGGAAAUGGAGCACAUAGAAACCACAUGAAAUUUUGCUUUUCAAAAAGGCAUGGGGGCGGCAGGUGGAGGACAGAUUGAACAGAAUAGCCCACUUGAGUACAAAUGUGCAGGUUUGAAGUUGCAGUUCACACUAAAUACCUUAUUCUGUAUGUGUGUGGGAUUUUGGAAAUCCUUCAGCUGUUCAUUAUACAGCUUACAUAGGGGCCAUGUGUGAACUGAGUUACCCUAUAACUACGAAAUAGCCUUUGUUCACCUGAAGUCUGAGCAUCUAUAUCAGAAGGUCCAUCCUUUCCUGUAUAAACCUGGAAUCUGUCUGAGGUGAUGAUCGGGGGGCCUGCCACAUUUGGAGGUUAGGUGGCUCACUGCAAGAGACAGGUCUUUCUUCACUGCUGCUUCUUUUUCGGUUUCUAUUGAUGUUGGCCUAUCUGUUUCUAGUCUGAGAUUUGUAUAGAUAUUUUAUCUUUGCAUUAUAUUAAAAAUGAAAUAUAACAUGCCCUCAAGCCCUCUUGAUAGAAAAUCUUUAUUGAAAUAUUCCAAACUUAAUUGGAAAACAAAACAAAAUGCAGUGGUACCUUGGUUCUCGAACGGCUUAGUUGUCAAACAAAAUAGCUCCCGAACGGCGCAAACCCGGAAGUAAGUGUUCCGGUUUGCGAACGUUUUUCGACGCAGCUUCCGCUUGAGUGCAGGAAGCUCCUGCAGCCAAUUGGAAGCCGCGCCUUGGUUUGCGAACAGUUUCAGGAGUUAAAUGGACUCCUGGAAGGGAUGAAGUUCGAGAACCAAGCUACCACUGUAGCUACUUCUGAUUACUUGAGGCAUAUUUUCCUGGAAAGGAAAAAAAAUGUAACCUGUUCUCAGAUGUGGCCAGCUAGGUGCAGCGCCUUUCACCCCACUGUAACUUCACUUGAUCUAAACAGUAACCCCCUAGUUGCUCCCCCAUUGCCUAUUUGGCUAUUCAAAGUCCCACCAGCUCGGGCAUCCUCCUUCCUCUUUCUCAUAGUGCAGAGACUAUACCACCCACCACUCAAAAGAUGACAGAACUCAUCUGUCAAGAGCAUCAGCUUGUCACUUCAGGGCAUGCAGAAGCCUCAGUGAUGUUUUGAAAUAAGAUGAACCUUUUGUCCUUCUGAAGCACCCGCCCCCCUCAAAAGGCAGUGGGAAGGUGUGAAUAAUCAGUGGUAUACUUUUGGUUAAGUGAGAUAGUUUUAAUCAUCAUUGCAGCUUUAGCUUUUCAAUAUGUUUCAAUAUACACUGUUCUCUUGGAGGAGAGCAGGAGAAUACAAAUCCAUUUUAAAAAAAAUGUAGUCUCAAUGAACAUCCUUUAAAAAUCAAUAAUGAAAAAUGUCUGGGCAGGCAAUGUUUGGCUGAUAAUAGUGUGGAAUAAAAAUAGUUCUUAGGUCAGAAAUAGUAACAGUUAUCACUAUUCUGUUUGGUUUGUUCCACCAUUAAAACAGAUGCGGCAACGUUAAAAGGUGCUGAAACACCAAGCAGUGAGCAUGUGGAUUCCAUAGAUGAGGAUGUCCCGGUGAUGUUCGGAAUACCUGCUUUCCUGAAUGAGGACAAAGAGAAAUCUCAUACGGAAAUGUGAGUUCUGAUGAAAGUGAAAUAUUGUGCAGCAAUAUUUAUGUUCCCACUUAACAUCACACUGACGAGUAAACAAAUGGCCAACUUCUAUAGUAUAAUUGAAGGCAUACAUGUUUGGACUGGCUUGGAAGAAGGACUUGGUUUUGCCUGUAAUGGUACACUGGGUUUCAGAGGUUGUUUCAGGGUAUUGAGAUAAACCUGGAAAACCAAAAUAUCAGUGUGGCUUAAUUCACCCCCCAAAAUUGGUUGCAUCUUUAUUUUUAUUUAUUGGAUUUAUAUCCUACCUUUCCUCCCAAAGGAGCCCAAGGUGGCAUGAAGAAGCACGUGAUAAAGAUUUACAGAGCAGCAUAGAUGCUAGAAAAUCUGAGGAGCAUCAUGCAAGGAAAGAAACAAAGGAGCUCUCAGCAUGUUUUGCUAUCUCUUCCUGUCAAAAGAAAAUAGCAGAGUCUGUAGCAUCAUUAGAUGCCAUGACAAGAUCUUCUAAAGAACGGUGAGAUAAGUUUUGUACUGGAAGCAUAAUAUCACUGUAUUUUAGUUUUGUGUAAGGUGUUUGAGCAUUUGUAAUUUGAAACAUAGCCACCGAAUUAUGUUGGCAUCCAUCUGUCUCGGGAAACAAUGGAGUGUGCCUCUGGGGGUGAAGUUAAAUCACUGAGUUAACAGGAGUGAAGUGAUGUCCCUGGGGCACAAGCCAGGACAUUGUGUAUGCUACCCAAACAACAAGACCCAACCCGCCCCCCCCCCCCCCGGCCUCCUUAAUGUGAUUCAAAGGAAAGCAGAGCAAGACAUCUGGCGCUAGCUUGGUAUUUAUUUAUUUUAUUGUUUCUUUUAUCUUCCCUUAGGGGACAUGUCCACCACAUGUGGAAUAAGGUUCCCUCAUUUUGUCUGCAUCCUCAGCGCUUAUUGCUGAUAUUUAUUUAUUUAUUUAUUUUGGCUGAUUUGGAUGGGGUCAGGUACCAUCUAAAAAUCAGUUAACACGUGGUGAAUUUUAAGUCUUUUCCCAUAAUUUCCCCCAUUUUUCAUCUUGAUUGGAUAGCCACAAUUGUGUGCCCAUUUUCACCUUCACCUCCUAGUCCUUAAGGUUCCAGUCCAGUAAUAAUCUGUGUGGUUUUGAUAAUAUCUUUGUAUUAUUUAAUAUUAUCUUUUGUAAAAAAUCCGCUGUCUUUGUGCCAAGACCAUUUUUUUUAAAAAAAUCUUUAUUGAGUUUAUAAACAAAAUAAUAAUAAGAAAUCCUCAUGGCUGGCAUUUUCCUUCCCUUUUUUGGAGAUGUUUGUGCGCUUUGUUUAAUUGCAUAAACAAAAGUAUAUUGGAUCUCCUGUCUGCAGGCUCUUAUUGGCAUCAGCAGCACCUGGGACAAUAAAAAGGUCUGAUUAAGAAAGAAAGAAUACCGCAAAAGUAGGGGCUUUCUGACGUUAGAAGAAUGAGUAACAACAUAUGGUAUUAAUACAACAGUGGUCUGGCCCCGGUAUGGUGCAGAGAUCUUCUGUAACUUCCCUUUCUCUAGGGGAGAGGUCUGGCAAUGUGUAGAUUCUUUGGGAGAGGGAUAUGAUGGCAGUUUUUCUGUCAGGUCUCUGUGCAGGCAUGAAUAUGGGAACGUGCACAAACCAGGGACUCCUCUUGCCACUUAGACCAUCAUCUUUUUGUCUGAGAUUAUGGACCUCAGAUUAUGCCCCAGAGUUUCAUCUCGGAAGCUGUCCAGAUCACACUGUGCUACUUAAUAGCCAACUAAAUACCACCUGAAACAAUUUGAAGUAAUUCUAUCAGGGUUGUAUCCAGUACUGUACUCUCGCACUCCCACCUCAAACUCUGUAGAGCAACCAAAUUUGUAUUUUGUAGAGCUAACCUUUGCAGCUUAUUCUCAUUUUAAUUCCUGUAUCCAUUUCCACAUAAGAUUUCCAUUUCCACAGAGACCCUAAAGAUGACAAGUUGCUUAUCUAUAUAGCUGAACUGAACACCUCCUCCCAGUUUUAGCUCUAGGAAGUUAAGAGAUGAUACUCUAUGCUGGCACAAGAUCCCACUACGCAGCUGCACAGAGGACCGCUCAAAGACCAACACUUUCUGAUAAAGAACCUAUGUUUUUCUUUCCUUAAGGAAUCUCAUUAUGUUAAACAUUUCCAAAUUGCCUGAGGGAUUGUAUUUUUCUGAUCAAUAGUGGGAGAAGUCCUUUGGUAUUCUUUAGCAGUGGAAGCUGUUGAGUUUUCCUGUUACUAUCAGGCCCUCAAUGUUGUUUUUAAUAUUAAUUAUUGGGAUAUAUAUAUAUAUAUAUAUAUAUAUAUAUAUAUAUAUAUAUAUAUAUAUAUAUAUAUAUAUAUAUAUAUGUAUAUAUAUAUAUAUAUAUAUGCAGAAACUUUUUAAAACUUGAAGCAGAUCAGAAGCCAGGGUACCUGAUUUGUGGACCUAAACCUUUUGAAGUUUACUUAGAAUAAUAAAACAUGAAAUGGUUACUGAUUUGGAAAAUAUCUGGGUGUAUUCUCAAAACAGAAGCAUCUCUGAGAAUAACGUUUGGGGUAUAUGGGGUUGUUUUGCUUUCUUUCUUUCUUGCUGUUGGUGAUAUGUAAGCAAUCAAGCACCUACCUUUCCUUCCUAGAAAUACAGCCAGUAUAGAGCCAGAAGACGAGUGUGAGUUUGUUAUAGAGGAAUCAUUUGGAUUGAGUUCUACAUCCUGGAUUUCAACAUCCCCAAGGAACAAAAAGCAACAGAAAGUCAACUUAAUAGCUGCAUCGUCUGAAGGGAAAAAAAGAGCUAAGCAGCAGAGUGUCAGAAGACAAAAUAAAAGGACAUCAGAGAAUCUUGUUACACCAGCGCCAAUAAAGCAAAGCAAACCGAAGUUAAUUAAUGCUGCUGAAAGAACUGUUAACGGAAUGCAGCAUGUUUCAAGGACUAAUGAAAGAAUCGCUGUGGAAGGUGGCCGCUUGCCGCUAACUGUAAAUACCAUCCAACAAGUAAGAAAGCAAACACCUUCCAAAGGUGAGCCAUCAGUCGGUAUAUGCAAUGAGGAUUGCCAGGUGUCUGCAAGUAGAAGCCACGCAAGGGACCUUCUGUUUUUACAGGAGCAGGACCACGAUUUUUCAUUGCAGCCACAGGCCAUCGUAAGUACAGCCCAGAAGUCAUCCCAGUGUAAGCGAUCUAUGAAGCAGAGCUGCUCAAAAGUUAAGCCUUUGGUGGUAUCGCGUGAUGAAGGCUGCCAGGAUUCUGCAAGUCCUGUAGAGGUGCACUCAGAACGGAUUCACUCUUCAGGCCAUGAUGUUUUGAAAGCGCCAUCGUCUGUGAUACGUACAGGUGAGCAAUUACCUUCCAGUAAAAAACCUGUGAAACAAAUACAUUCAAAAAGGAAGCCAUCGGUAGAAAUUCACAAAGAUUUUAGGCAAGAAUGCACACCUACAGCUGUGUCCCCACAGGGGCGUCAAAAGUCUAUAGAUGCUGAGGAUCCUGCUCCUUUUUUUGGGAAAAAAUUAUCAAAGCGCAAGCAGUCCAUUACACAUACAGCCCAAAGGUUGUCACGCAGCAAAUCAGCUAAGAGGCGAAAGCCUAAAAGAACGCUGUCUCAAAAAGAUUUGGAAACCCCAAUGAGUAUUGUUAAAAGACCUAGAAGGAAAAAUAAGGUGCUGGUUUCGAGUGAUAGCUCUGAAAGCGAGCAUGGAGGAGAAGAACAGUGUGGUGAAGAGGGUGAAGCCACUGGAGGAAGUAAGAGGGUGCCUGUUUCAGAGCAGAUCUCAGAAAACGAGAGUUCUGAAGGGGGUGGAAGCCCCUGUGAACCAAUAAGCGAACCAAGGAAGACGUUGCCACGGGAAUUAAAACCGACUUCCUCAGCAAGUGCUCAAGAAAGUGGAAUUGCCUUCUACCAAGAGGAUUAUUCUGAACAGUAUGUGGCAGAAAAAAUAUUAAAUACUUCUAUGGAACGAAAAAACAACAAUAUGCGUUCCUUGCAGUAAGUGCUUUCAUCCAUUUAUGUUGCAUGUUAAUUUGACUCCGGGGGUGUAUAAAUAUUAAAUCAAUAGAAUGGGCCCUUCACUUAAGCACAAUUUACUAAUCAAUCGUGACCUUAGGUGCAUGGCCCAAAAAUGAAUAAAAUAAAUAAAUUGGGAGGGUGAGGGUGGUGGAACCUGCCACAGAAAGAGCUUUUAAGUCCUUUGCCUCACUUACUGGGUUCUGGGACGCUCGCAGAGCCUUCGUGCCUCCUUCCUAGAGGCCAGUAAAAAAAGUGUUACCUUUCUUACCUGGCUUUGGGAAGGUGGCGCAAGGGCUCUGGGAGUGAAUCUGGUAAGCAAGGUGGAGGGCAAGGCCAGCUUCAGACAAGUGAGGGUGGUCACGUAGGGGUUUUCUUGGAGGGGGGCCGGUCCUGGCUUUAUUCAAUAGAGCCCACUAUAUGUUCUUUAUUCAAUAGAGCCCACUAUAUGUUCUUGCUGCAGUUGAUGGCGUGUAGUACAUGGGUUGUGUUUCUUCCUUUGCUCCUAACCUAGAAUUUUAUAACCAUAUCCAAAUCAGAGUUUCAGUCCUGCAGUUCAUCCUUGAUGCCUUAGGCCAUGUUUAAGGUUAUGAAAAGCAGUAGAAUUGAACCUAGGGGAAAGUUAAAUACAAGAAACCCUUGAGUCCACUCUAAUAGUUCUUGAUAAGUUAACCAUUUCUCGUUGCCUGUCACCUUUUUUCUAUGAAACGCUUCUUGUUUCUACAUACAGUUUCUUUUAGUAUGGUACUUUUAAUUUGCAUGGAUAAAUUGUUUUGAUUUUUUGCUCUCUAAGGAUUUUACCAUUGUUCUUUUCUUUUAAGUGGCCCUGUUUCUAAAAUUAAAACUUCUUCAAAACAUCAGAUUGCUGUUAACAGGGAGGAUUCAACAUCAGGUAUGGCUUAUUGAUUGGUCUGCUUUGCUCUUUGAGUUCCUUUUGCUGUACAUCUGUGUAUGUAAUUGUAAACAGACACAUACAUGUAUGUAUUCUGUGCCAGUAAAUGGCGCUUGUGUCCUUCAAGCAAUAACUGCUUGUUCCUUGAUGAAGCAGUCACAGGCCUAAUCCUGAAGAGGCAAUUGAACUACCACAGCCCUAACAUUGUGUUUCAUGUUUGGCUUUGCUUGCUUUGUGCUGGCCUUCAUUGUGAGGUAAACAUUAGCCUCUCCUUUGAGCAUUCAGUACAAAGUUUUCCAACUUCCAGUGUUUUCUUGCAGUCAGUGUGACUUGGGCUAAAUGUAUGCCAAGUCCCAGCUUUUGGGGAGUUUGUGGAAGAACUUUUAACCAUGACACCCUCUUUAAAACAAUCUAUUUUCCAAUAAUCUGGACCUCUUGGAUUAAACAUGUGCCAAAUAUCAAGGCUAUAACACACUGAAAAGUACUCAUAUCAUUUUGGUGCCCCUAUGAAUGAGUCGGUCAUUGAAACCCAGGGCAUCAUGUAGAGCAAGUGGGGCUGAUCAGGUCCUCUUCCAAUGUUAUACAAAAAUUACUGUCUGGGACCAAUGGGAGCCGUAACUCAAGGACAUAUGGAGAGCACCACAUUGACUACCCCCAUGUAGAAAAAUAUGUAAAUCAGUGGUGGCAAACUGCCAACAUGUUGUUAGCACACUGGUUAAAGAUGGACCAGAAGAUCAGGUAGAUCCACAGUUGGUUGGAAAAUGAGUCAAACUGUGCUCACCAAUGGUUCCUACAGGGCUCUGUUCUGAGCCUGCUACUCUUUAAUAUUUUCAUCAGUAAUAAAAGGGUAGAAAUUCUACUCCAGUGGAUGGCUCAAAGCUGGGAGGUAAAACUGACUGAUUUUACUGUGUUCUGUUGUGGUUUUGAUUAUGAUUUUAUUGUUCUGUGGUUCUUUCAGAUCAUUUGUGUUAGCCCUCUGCUGAUUGGAGGGAGGGUGGGAUAUUAAAAAUACGAAUUCAUUUGUAUUUUACUAUUUAGAUGAAUCUGAAGACUUGGAAGAGGAGGAAGGUGUAACUUAUUUAAAUGCACUGAAGCGCAAAAUGAGUAAGAUUUCUUUCUUUCUUUUUAAAUGAAGACUGCAUCAAAUGAACACUGAUCUCUCUGUCUGCAAGAUGGCAUGUUAAGAAGGCCUAUUGCCAGUCUUAGAACUUGGGAGAUAUAUAUAUAUAGAGAGAGAGAGCAUGCAUGCAUGCAUUUAUUCUGAAUCGGUGCCAGUGAUGGCUGCUGUGUCAGUUCACUUAGUCAAACAGCAUGAGGACACUGUCCUAGUGUCCUAUUUCUCACACAGGGCUGGGACCCACCAGUGGGCCUUAGACUGCUUUCAGGUUGGCCUCAGUGCCACAGCUUGCCUCAUGCCGCCUCACUUUCCUUGGUUGGGCCAAUGUCAGUACCAGCAGCUCACUGCAUGCUGACUAAAGGUCGUCAGGAGACAGAAUUGGUGAGAGGUGUCAGUUCUCUGCAGGCAAAGGGCCAGAGAAGAUGUUUCCACCUGCCACCUUCUUCUAGAUGGCUCUGCUCUUUUAAAGUUAGGCCCACUUCAUCACCGUUAAGGAAUACAUGAGAGGACAGUGCAAAUACUUACUGAACUCUGUAAAAUCGGUUAAUACAAUAUGGGGUGGGAGGAAUACUCCCCACAGUUGUGUAGUGGCUGUAGUUUUGGACCUUUGAGUGUGCAGAUAUCGUUUAAACUGUUUGUUCAUAAAGUUUGCUAGCUGACCUUGACUCUCACAGCCUCUCUAACCUAUUGCAAUGUUUAAAGUGGGACUGGAGGCAGAUAUACUGAUCCAAAUUCCAUGGGUGGAGGGGAGGGAGGAAUAAAAAUAAAUAAUAAUUUUCUAACACUGCAACUGUAACUCGCUCUACGUGGGGCUGCCCUUGAGUCUGACCCAGAAACUCCAGCGGGUGCAGAAUGCUGCGGCGAGACUCCUUACGGGGUCCUCACUGCAAGAUCACGUUCACCCGGUGCUAUUCCAGCUGCACUGGCUCCCGGUGGGGUACAGGAUCAGGUUUAAGGUGCUGGUUUUAACCUUUAAAGCCCUAUACGGCCUAGGGCCCUCGUACCUACGGGACCGCCUCUCCUGGUAUGUCCCACAGAGUAACUUACGGUCUUCAAAUAAAAACAUCCUGAAGGUCCCAGGCCACAGAGAGGUUAGGCUGGCCUCAACUAGAGCCAGGGCUUUUUUGGCUGUGGCCCCGAUCUGGUGGAACGCUCUGUCACAAGAGACUAGGGCCCUGCGGGACUUAACAUCUUUCCGCAGGGCCUGCAAGACGGAGCUGUUCUGCCAGGCCUUUGGUCGCGGUUCAGUCUGACUCCCUCUCCCCUUUCAUAAGAACUUGCAUGGAAGUGGCCUCCCAAUUUUUCUCACAGGCCCAUAUAAGUUCAGCACAAACAGUUGGGCCUGGUGAGCAUUUAAGGUCCCCAACCCUAAUCUGCGGGUUGCCAUCUGAUUGGAUUUUAUUCUGAUCCUGAUCUGAUUUGAGGAUGUAUUUUAAUUGAUUGUCUGAUUUUAUGUUAAUGUGUUAUACAUUUGAUGUUAGCCGCUCUGAGCCCGGCUUUGGCUGGGGAGGGCGGAAUAUAAAUAAAAUUUAUUAUUAUUAUUAUUAUUAUUAUUAUUAUUAUUAUUAUUAUUGUUUUAAGUUGCAGGAUUAUAAAGUGUGUGGCAGGUCCAAACAUUAUUUUCAUCCUUGUAUGUGUGUUCUUGUUCUGCUUCUGGGUUUUUACCCAACCUAAAUCUGCUUUUCAUUACCUGUCUUGUUCGUUAGUAUUGCCUUCCAACACGCCCAAUAUUCGCCGGACCAAAAGAAUGCGUCUUAAACCAUUGGAGUACUGGCGAGGAGAACGUGUGAAAUACAAGAUGAGACCUUCAGGUGUGAGGUUCUAUACAAAGCUCAUAUAUGUUAUCUGGUUGUGGCAAAUGCAAUGCAGCCCUAUGUUGUUGUGGGAAUGCUUUCAAAGUAAAAGUCAACUCGGUAUAAAAAAUAAAUAUUUACUUUGCCAUGCAUGGCAUUGUAAUUUCUUCUUUUUCUCUCAUUUCUAUAGCUCUAUAUAUUAGUGGUUUCCCUUGUGUCAGGAAGGGCGGUGGAGAAUGUUUUUAGCUCUGCCCCCUCUGUUACCUCACCAUGCCCAUUCUUGUUGCCAUACACAUAUUGGAAGGCAGACUUAUCUGCAGCAGGGAGCCUGCAGGGCUCGUGUAGUUUCUCUGUGUUAUUUAGGACCCUGGUGAUAGAGGCUUCUUAAGUGGCGUGGUAACCUGCAGGUGGCACUGUGGUCUAAACCACUGAGCCUCUUGGGCUUGCCGAUCAGAAGGUCGGCGGUUCGAAUCCACAUGACGGGAUUCCAGCUCCUGCCGACCUAGCAACUCAAAAGCAUACCAGUGCGAGUAGAUAAAUAGGUACCGCUGCAGUGGGAAGGUAAACGCUGUGUCCGUGCGCUGUAGCACUCGUCACGGUGUCCCGUUGCACCAGAAGCGGUUUAGUCAUGCUUGCCACAUGACCCCCUCAGCCUGAAUGCGAGAUGAGUGCCGCACCCCAUAGUCAAAUUUGACUGGACUUAACUGCCCAGAGGUCCUUUACCUUUUUAGCCUGCAGGAUCACAUCAGGCUUCCCACUGCAGACACUUGCCCUCCAACAUUUGGAAAAUGGCAAGGGCACCACUUAUUUUAUUUCCCCUUUGUUGAGUGUCCCUCUUAUGUUGCUUGCAUUUGAAAACCACGUGGACUUUGAGUGCUUUAUAGCAUUCUUCAGCAUGUAUACCAGUGCUCUUUAAAUACCGUAUUUUUCGCUCUCUAAGACACACUUUUCCCCUCCUAAAAAGUAAGGGGAAAUGUGUGUGCGCCUUAUGGAGUGAAUGCAGGCUCCAUGGCUUCAGCGGAAGCCUCCGGAGCACAGCGGGAGCUCCCGCUGCGCUCCAGAGGCUAGUGUUGCUUUCGCUGAAGCCAGGAGACCAAGAGGGGUCAGUGCACACCGAUCCCUCUUGCUCUCCUGGCUUCGCUUCACUGGAGAGGCACUGCAUAGCUUUCCCUCUCUGCGCAGCGCCUCUUCAGCGAAGCGGGAGGAGAAAUGGAAGGGGCUCUGUUUCUCCUGCCGCUUCGCUGAAGGGGCGCUGUGCAGAGAGGGAGAGAAUAUUUUUUUCUUGUUUUCCCCCUCUAAAACUAGGUGCAUCUUAUAGUCGGGUGUGUCCUAUAGAGUGAAAAAUACGGUAUGUUGAACUCUGGCCACUUUUACACUUGUUCUAUUGCCCUGACCCUCCCAAUAUAUUGGGAGAUAUCUCUUGAGCAGGCAAGUACACAAAAUGCCGCUACAGCUUUCUGCACAAGAAUAAAGUCUCAAGCUGUUUCUUCUCAGCUUGGUAAAGAGAGAGUUAACAGCAGGCAUGCAACUCUCACUCUUUAGAUAAGCCAGAAUUUAUGAACAUAUUUUUAACCCACAAGCAUAAUUUCAAGAUCUCAUUUUAUUCCAAAGACAUCAGAAAGUGUACAGCUUAAUUAGAAAUUUAGGUUUUGGUAACAUGUCUGUGUAGUCCCUACAAAGAGUAAUAGUUCAUAUUUUAUCUUAUUUCCAUUAUCAGUUGUCAAUAUUAUUUUUACUUUGAUGAUUGUGUGUUUAAUCAAAAUUAUUGUGAAUGUAAUCAAAAAUGAAUGCUGUAGCUAAUAAAGCUAACAUAAAAGAGAGGCGGUAAUGAUUAAAAAUCUGUGCGCCUCCUGCUUCAAGAAGAAAAUUCUUAUUUGUAGAAGGGAGCUGGAAUGGGAAACUAACACAUUAAAGUAAAAUGGAGUCUGACUACAGGAGUGUCAAAUGUGGAAUUCUCAGACAGGGCUCAGUUUGCCACAAGCAGGAGCCAUUUUAAAUUCAGAAAACCACCCCAUAAACUUCUUUUCUUGCCCAAUAUCAGUUUGAGAGGUAUGAUCAAGGAAUUGUGAAAUAGAAUCCUGGGAAUAGGCACUUAGUAGUGAACUGUGUUUCUUUUAAGACAUCCUAAUGGGAGACCGCUUUCUUCAUUGGACUUGAUAAGAACUAAUCUGCUAGUGGUUCACCUGUUAUUCCAUCAUCCACAAAAAUAAUCUAAACUGGUUAUGAGAAAUGAUUCCUAAAAUUAAUUGUUAUUUCAGGUGGCUUUGUAGUCGAUGGGGUAAUAUCACCUGAACAGAGGGAACCCAGGAAACGAAAACCUAAAAGGACAAUACCUCUUCUGGAGUUUGGUAUGAUAAUCACUUAUAUAUGUAUAUGAGGGGUACUGGAAAAAAAUCCCCAAGUAUACUUCAUUAGAUAGCAAAGGUUCAAAUUCAACUUUUAGUAUUAACAUCUUAUUGUAUAGUAUACCAUGUGCUCAAAUGGACGGAUGUUGGUCCUGACCUUGCAACACUCUUUCCUUUUUCUAAAGAAAACUUCCAAAGGAUAAAUACUGCACAUCAUAUGCUAACUGGUGUGCUUAAUUAGAAUACGGAUGUAAUUUUUACUUUGGCAGAUAAAGAUAGCUAUGAAACCUCUUCUCUACUAAUAGUAAAGAUUAAUCAAAGGAGUCACUCUGUAGGCCCUGAGCCUUUUUGAGAUGACCAGAGCAAAGGCCUUAACAAUAUUAUGAACUUACUUGAGUCAACCUGCUGUAAAUUCACAGCCCUUCACUGUCUUAAGAUCCACUUUUAGUGACCCACAAAUAAGUUUGGCAGUUCCAAGCAUGUUUCUUAAUCAUAGGAUCUGCCUCAGUCCCAAAUACAAGGCUGGUGGGGGCACAUCUCUUAACUUUUUGCUGGGCUUUGGCAGAAGUAAACAGCCUCACUGCUUUCAAGUACCGUAUUUUUCGCUCCAUAAGAUGCACCUGACCAUAAGACGCAUUUCGUUUUUAGAGGAGGAAAGGGGGAAAGCCCCGGUUUGUUGAGGAUCAGCUCAUAGUUGUGCAGCUUCUUUUGCAAAGGGGAAAAGCCCCUUUUUUUAGGAUCAGCUCAAAGUUGUUGAGCUUACUUUGCAAAGGGAAAAAAAUCCUGUUUUUAUGGGGUUCAACUCACAGUUCCUUUCUUUAGGAAAGGAAAGGGAGCCGUUUCUACAGUUUCCAGACAGAUAAUCUAAUCAGCCAGUCACAUGCAGAACAUUCAACAAUGGAGGCCUGGGCAAGGGAGCGGGGCCAGAAAGGGAGCCAGCAAUCGACCACACAUUCGCUCCAUAAGACGCACAGUCAUUUCCCCUUACUUUUCAGGAGGAAAAAAGUGUGUCUUAUGGAGCGAAAAUUAUCGUAGCUCCUAACCUCUGCACAAGUACAGGUAUGAACUCCUGAUCAGAAAAGGAGCAGUGACUUAGACAAACUGCAGUUAGAGGAGGAUUUCAUGAGACUUGCAAAGAACACUUACAACCUGCGUGGACUUAAUCCUGAAGACUAUUUAUUCCAAAAGCUCACAUCUAGAAGUGUAGUCAGGUUGACUGAAUCUUCCAGCCCUGCCUCUUGUUAUUUAACAGGGUAACCGCUAUAUGACCUGGGAUCCAAUUCUGUUUGUACUUCUGUUUUGCAGACGUACCCGAUGACUCAACUGUUUCCUUAAAAAGUCUUUCUCAGCCAGCUGUUGUGUUUGAUAAAGAAACCAAUAAUGAGGUUCUUCUAGGUGAGUAAUGUGACACAGGUUUAAAGGUAUGAAUAGCAAGUAUAUUGAAAACUUGUUCUGUGGCCUUUCAAGAUCCUGCAUAUACUCCCCUCCCCCACCCGCAUGCAGAGCUGCUUGUAUCAUUCCUUUGCUUUUCAUCUUUCACUUUUUGAAUACAGUCUACUUACCUUAAAUAUUACAACUCUCUCAUUUUGCCAUUGACUGCAAUGCAAACUUUCAGCGCGCCGCAGAAUUUUGCACGAUUACCUUUUGAUGAAGUAAGCAGGUUUUGCAUACGACUAAGAUAGCACAUGUUAUAUUGCAGUGUACAUUACCUGACCUUGUCAUCUCCUAUGAAUAUUAAGUCAUGUAUUUAUUUUCUGGUUUUGUAACAGACUGUGUGAGCAGGAGUAAUUCACAUUUGCUUUUCAUCAAUGAUGAGACGGUGUCCAUAUACAAACAGCUGAAUACCCCUUUCUUUUCUGCCGGCAAACUGAUACUAAAGCCAUUAAAAGAAAAGGGAUUUCAGUAUUCCCACACAGAUACACUGGUGAGUAUACUAGAAAUUGUAUAUGUUUUUGCAUCAUGGAAUUGUUACGUUCUCACGUUUUUCCUAUGUAUGCUAUCAUAUUGGUAUUUUACCAGUUUUGUGAGAUGGAGCAACUGUUUUUUCUCAGUUGUCAAUCUAUAUCAGGCAUGUCCAUAGUCCGUUUUGGGGGCCUAAUUUGGGGGCCUAAUCUGAUCAACAACUUCAGCCCUAAAAAAAGUUCCAUUCUUAAAAAAACGCUCAAUAACUUCAAUCCUAAAAAAAGGUUAACAACUUUGGUUGGCCCUUUAGUCGGCCCUCACGGCCCUUCACUCCAUCAAAUCUGGCCCUCUGGAAAAGAGUUUGGACACCACUGAUCUACAUGACAUGAGCAUUUCUGUGGUAAAGUAUCUCAAGGCUCUGCAGGGCAAAGUGUGUGCUGGGAUACGUGUAUGUAUUAUGAAAUCUUAAAUGAUUAAACAAUCCUAUAAGCCCCAAACACCUGCUUACUGAGGAGGCUGCCCAUUAUAUUUUUGCUGAUCCUACUGCAGACACAACAAAAUUACAUACCUUGGAGGAGGCUGUUUGCCCCAUCUCUGCAUGAGUCAUUGCUUUGGGCUUCCUUCCAGUCAAGAGGCAUGUUUGAGCUAAACAGCAGGUUUCAUGGAAAAAAGAAUUGGGCUUUUAUUGAAAUCGGGAAAUAAUGUGCCUCAGAAGUUUGAGAUACCCUGACAAAGGGUAUCAAUUUCCUGUGUUGAUCCACCAUCCCUUUACCUGAAUGCAGAACUGUGGAAUCUUUUUCUUUUCAUUUUUAUCUAGUCCGAGUGCCCAUCACUUUUAAACAGAAAACAGAUUGUCACUGGAAUUUACAGGCUAGCCACAGUCAACGUUUUACAGUUGAAAUCUGAAAUGCAUUUGCAAAAAUUCUAUGGCUGACAUCGAGUGACGUCUGACUGCUUGUGCAGCAGAAAUCUACCUGUGCAAUGGGAUUUCUGGUUUCUCUUUUUUUGCCCUUCCUGCCCCCCAUGUGCCCCACAAAUCUCCAGAGGGUCCCUCAAUCCUCUGAAACAGGUUUUUGGUUGUGCAGGGCUCUGGAGGGUGGGGGAGCAGAAAAAUUAGAAGUCCCAUUUUUGAGUGGGUUCUUGUUCAUGCUACAUUGAAUCUUGCACUAUGCCUUGCAUAUUAUAAAAGAUGGAAAAUAUAUUUUUUAAUUUGUGAAAAAUAGAACUCUGGAUUUUAGUUUGUUGUUGUAUCGCAUGUAACAGUUACACAAUUACAGAGGAAAAAAACAACUGCAAACGAUCAGAGUCACUUCAGAGUACACCAAUAGAACUUUGUCAGUGUAUAUGUGCCAAAACCAUCACUAUCUUAAGAAACACAAAAAUAAUACAUUUUAGUUCUAAGAUUGCUAGUUCAAGAUGUUCUGUUAAGAAGUGCAUAAGAGCACUGCUAAGUCAGAUGGCUUCCUGUGGUAGACCGCCCCCCCCCCUUUUUAAUGCAACAAGGAAAAUUAUUGGAGCAGUUUCCAGAUGGGGUUGUGGCAGAGAUAACUCUGCCCCCUCAUCUCUUUCAUUAACAAGGCAAAAAUGACUGUACAUGUUAAUGAAUCCAUCACACUGUUUGCAAUACAUGGUGUAUUUCCCAUCGCCAUAAGCUUCUGCUGCUGAGUUAAUAAUUCAUUACUUUAUGGAUUUCCCCUUUGAAGCAAGGGCAGCUUGCAUUUUCGUUAAAAGAAAACGUAUUUUCUCUCAUAAUGCAAUGCCAGCAGGUAAAGCUGUACAGAGAUUGGAUUACCUCCCCAGUGUAUUGAUUCUGUGCCGAGUAGUGGCGGUGGAAAGGUCUGUCGUAGGAAAUUGCCCAGGAUAUUGGUUCCCUUCAACCACCUUCAGUAGCGCCCAGGCAUGCACAGCACCAAAAGUAUCCAAAACCAUUGUUUGGGUGGAUAAACUGUUGUGCUUUUAAAAGCUGGAUCUUCUUGCUUUUAACAGCCUGAUGAUACUUUAUUUAUACAAGUUUUGAGACGAAAAGUGAAAUAACGUUUUAUGGCUUUCAUUUCUGAAGGUUUUUCACAUUUCUUGCGGAAAGCUCCUUUUGAUGCUGUACGACCAGUAUUACCGUCUGACUGCCGGAGACUAUUUUUUUAUCCCGCCGGGUAAGCGUACCGAUCAUCUGCCAAAUAAUGAGCGUUUCCGAGAGGGGGAAGGGCUAAGGUGAAGGUGAAUGCAGAAGGGGGAGAAUAAGUGCCUAUGGAAGGAGAUGAUCCUGUUUUCUUGAGCAAUGUUGGGGCAUACGUUGUGUCUGACUCAGUGGCGGAGGAACCCUCUUUGGCACCCGGGGCGGGACGCCGAGGGGCGGGGCAAACCGCCUGGUGGCGCAUGUGCGACGUCUAUAUGGAGUGCGCAUGCACAGCAGCCCAUACGGUCGCCAUGUGAGUGGCAGCCGGUACGGAUGUCACGCAAGCGGCACCCAUACUGAUUGUGUGUGCCCUCGGCCACUCUACAGCUGGGGGGAGGCAGAAGCCAUCUUGUCUCUCACACACACAUCCAGACUGGUACCCGGGGCGGCCCUCCCCCUACUUUGUACGCCCCUGGUCUGACUGCAUGACUAAGGGGCACUUCACAUCCUCCUUUGAAGAAGCAAGAGAGGAAUCGAGAGUAGUUCGGCAUUUCUUCCCGCUAUUCCUUCUGGGCCUUCUGCAAAGCGUAGAGCAACAUUGGGUGUCCCUGCACUGGAAAAAUGCACCUUUCCUUUACUUCUUUGCACAACACCUGGAAGGAGACCAGAGGAAGAAUCAGCCGUGUUUCCUCUCCUGUUACUUUUGAGAAGCCUCCCCAUCAUUCCCAUUCCGCUGCCUCUCUGCCUUUUGAAGGAGAAGUAAGGCAGUCCGCUGUGAAGCAUCUAACCUGAUGAGAAGACCUUGCCCCCCCCCCCAUAUCCCAAGCUGUUUAAACUGGGUUGAUGUGGCCCUUUUGGGAGGCUGUGAGACCAGCAGGUGUGGGGCUAGCUAUUUUUACAGUUAAUGCUGACACUUUUGCAAUUGAUUAUAUGAAUUCAGUAUAAAAUGUUCUGCACUUGGAUACAAUGGAGGAAGUGGUACUUAGGAAACAUAGUUUUGUAUUUUUAUGUUGGGAACCACCUUGUGAUCUUGGGAUGAAGGGCAGUAUAGGUAAAGGUAAAGGGACCCCCAACCAUUAGGUCCAGUCGUGGCCGACUCUGGGAUUGUGACGUGCAUCUCGCUUUAUUGGCCAAGGGAGCCGGCGUACAGCUUCUGGGUCAUGUGGCCAGCAUGACUAAGCUGCUUCUGGCGAACCAGAGCAGCGCACAGAAACGCCGUUUGCCUUGCCGCCGGAGCUGUACCUAUUUAUCUACUUGCACUUUGACGUGCUUUCGAACUGCUAGGUUGGCAGGAGCAGGGUUGAGCUCCCGUUGCGGGGAUUCAAACCACCGACCUUCUGAUCGGCAAUUCCUAGGCUCUGUGCUUUAACCCACAGCACCACCUGCAUCCCUGAAGGGCAGUAUACAGAUUUAAUAAAUAAUAGUAAUAAUAACUUGAGUAAAAACACUUGUAUCCAAAGAACUGUGUGUGGAGCUCUAGUCACAUAAUAGGACCCCCCCCCCCCACAACUCACUCCAUUUCCACUGUAGCCCCUAAUGUGCCAAUCAGAAUGAAAUGUAAUUUGGUAAGGCACAGGGAAGUGUUUGGCAAAAAAAGGGGGUGCAGAUGGAUCAAGAGCCCUUGUACUAGAUCUUUUUUAAUUUGACCCAAAGACUUCUGCAGUGUCCUUUAAGCUUUGGACAGCACACUGUUAAAGUGGUGAUAUUUAGGAAGCAGGUCCAUUUUGGAUGCAUGCCCCACCGAUAUCCAAGUGAAAUGAAAACCAUCUCAUUUUUGCAUUUAUAAAAUGGUAGACUUGUCCUAUAAUGGAAUCACUCUGUUUAAUUGUAGGGAACGUGUACAACCUACGUAAUCUCUUGAAUAAAGAAUGUGUUGUCCUCUUCACUCAAAUGAAAGGAAGCAGGUAAGAAAAAUGUAGAGUUUCCUUGGGUUCUUUAAUCUUUUCACGCCCACUCUGAGUCUCCACUGAGGAUAAAAUGAGGCAUGCCCUACUUUACUAUUUUGCUUCUUUAAAGAAAACCCUGGCACUGGGAGACUUAUGAAGAGUUAAACGGAUAAAAGGUUUUAUUUUAAGAACAAAAUUGGUAAAACAAAAGAAGUGUCAGGAGAUAGAAUUAUUUCAAGAAACAGUAAACACACUUACGCAUAUAUAUGCAGGCUUCUAAACAAGAGGGUAAGCAUGCAGCUUAUAUUUCCUUCAGUUCUUUAAAGUAAACCUUGAGGUAUUAAAGUCAGAGCUUUUAAAACUGUCGCGGCACGUUACUGUGUCAGCUGCAGUGUGUAGGUGUGUCACAUGAACGCUCCCCGUGCUCCUCUCGGGGCUGGAAAGGAGUUAGUUUAACCUCCAGUUUGCUAGUAAAACUAAAUUACUACGUCACAAAAUGAUGCAAAACUGAAUUACUGCGUCGCGAAAUGAUGCAUGUCCAAAAAGUGUGUCACCAACUUGAAAAGUUUGGAAAGCUCUGGCUUAAGUCUUAAUACUUGGGUUCUGAGGUAAGGCUGUUCUUUUUGUCAGUUUCCCAACCUUCUAUAAAUCUCACUUCUGAGACCAGGGGAUCACCACACCCCUCUUAAAUUAUUUUGGGUUUAUACUUCUCCCAUCAGAAGUUCUGUUCCCUGUUUACUGAACUGAGACCCAAGUAGCAUCUUCCCUCAUAGCUCCACUUCUCCUGUCUCAAAUUCAGCUACCUAUUUCUCACUUGUCUGCAUACUCUCAAAAUAAUAAUAAUAAUAAUAAUAAUACAUAAUUUUAUUUAUACCCUGCCCUCCCCGGCCAGAGCCGGGCUCAGGGCAGCUAACACCAAUAAAAUAAAAUCACAAUAAAAACAUUAUAGGGGGAAAAGAGAGGGAUAAAAAAACCACAAUUUAAAAUACAGGUUAAAAUGCAAUUUAAAAUGCAGCCUCAUUUUAAAAUAGCUGAUAAAUCAAGACCGUAAGGGGAGGGAAACAUAAGGGUCAGACCGAGUCCAAACCAAAGGCCAUGCGGAACAGCUUUGUCUUGCAGGCCCUGCGGAAAGAUGUCAAAAGACACUAAUCUCUUUCUCUGGCUGUAGACCUUUCCCCUGGGUUACACACACAGCUCAGGGGCUAAACCUUUGUCCAGCUGAAUGCCAGGAGCCCGGUUCUCAACUGCUUUUCUCUCUCUCUCUCUCUCUCUCUCUCACUGAGUGCUGUCUUUCACCCCCUUCUGGCUAGCUGUCCCCGCAGCUAGUGAGGUUGCAGCUCAGCACUCUGCCAGCUAUACUGCUCUGGCAGAAAUCCACUGCACUGCACCACCAGACUCAGGUCUGCCCGAGCUUUCCGUCACAGACACAUAUGUCACCUUGAGGUCCUUGGAGGAAAUAUGAGAAAUAAAUCAGUAUUGCUAGAAACUCUUCAAAGAUUCACCAGCAGGUGGAGCCAAUAAGCCGAAAAACUUAAAGUUCCUCUCAUUUAGUGGCAGGAUCAGAUUAACAAAAGCUGCUUGUAAGGCCUUUAGACCCAUCCUGCUUGCGUGAAUAUUAAUUGCAGCUGGGUUAAUGAGUGGAAUGACUGGAUGGUGGUAAACCAUUCAUUUAUUUUAUUUUUCCGUGCUCUUUCCAUGCUUUGGCAGGUGCAAAGAGUGGCUUACGGUUAAGCCUUCUAGAUAAGCAAUCCUUUUUUAAAAAAUGAAAAAAUUAGGUUUUCCACAAUUAUAACAAAUAUCACAUAACAGAAUAACAAACAAAAACAAAGACAAAGGUACAUCAAAGAAGAAAACAAUAAACGAAUGAACAAUAAAAACAAACUUAAUUCUUUAAAAAUCCAACCUUAUAUACAUAUUAAUUUACUUCCUCUAGUUCCUCCCUUCUGAGUUUCCUUGUAUCUGGAUGUAACAGCUUUCCAAUAUCAUCAUUAGACAAAAAUAUUUCCAAUUAUAAUGUAACUUAUUCACUUUUCUUACUGUUCUAAAUCCCAUUCAUUUAAUUAGAUCCUAAUUUAAUCCUAGGCCUAUUUGGUACUUUCAAGUAGUUUCUAAUUUUUUAUAUUACAUCUAGAUAAGCAAUCCUGAUACAGCAGGAUUGCAACCCACGCAGGUUUUACUUGUUCAAUCAUAGCUUUAUGAGGAUUGCCCCCUAAUAAACAAUCAAACACACAAACAAACAAACAGAAAGGAAGUCCUUGCCUACCCUCAGGGAAGCCCCCAAAACUCUUGUGCGACUGUCCUAGAGCUUGCUAAGCAAAGCAGAGGACUUUAAACUCUUUCUGUGAAGGGUUUUCCCACCAGAGAAGGUGCUUUAAAGCGCUCUGCCUUGCUUACUGGGCUCUGGGCGGGUUGCAAGAGAUCUCGGACAGCCCCGAUCUUGCAAGAGCUCAAGAGCUCCAGGGGCCGUUCUGACUUUGUGCGAUUUUCCCUUGAUGUGCCGCUACUGGGAAUUUAGCCCUCGCGAAAGUUGCAACUGCACUGAAUCCUGUUCAUCAGUUGGCCCCAAGCAGACUGGAAUAGCUGAGGUUCACUGAACUAAAAAGGAAGAGGGAAACACUUGUUGCUGGUUUUUUUGCUGAGAGUUAUAUUUAAAUACAACAUGCAUGAAAACCGUGGGGAAGAGAGUGUUGACAAACUGGCAUAGGCAAAUAAGAGAGGUUUUGGGUUUUUUUUUUUAAAAAAAUCCUUAUAUCUACAGUGUUACCUCCAGUUGCGGACGGGAUCCGUUCUGGAGGUUCGGUCGGAUCCUGAGGUUUCCACAACCUGAGGACCGCUUCUGUGCGUACACAGACUGCUUCUGCGCAUGUGUGUGUGGCAAAACCCAGUAAAAUAUUUCCGAGUUUGCCGCACACGCAUCCUGAAGUUUACGUAACCAGAGGGUUACGUAAACGGAGGUUCGACAGUAUUAAAUUUUCCUUUAGCAAUGAGCAGAGAGGAGGAAAGGGCCAGCGAAGCUGAUUAUAUAGCUUUUUUCAGAUGUUCUGUGACCAAUAAGGUCUUGCCGGAAAGCAGCUUAUAAAUUGCAAUUAAAAUAAUAAUAAUUAAUAAUAAUAAACUACAUGUGAGCGCACUGAGAAAAUGAAAGAGAAUGUCUCCAUUUUUUAAAUACAAGAAUUACUAGUUUGUGCGUCUUCCCCUGGUUUAAAUUUAAGAGAAUUUCUUACCAUCUUUUGCAUUUCAACAAAAUAUUUCCACCCAAAUAGUAAUCAUUGCAUGGCUAUAUUGACUACAGAUGUUCUUUUAGUUAGUAACUUGACAUAAUGUUAUAAAUCGCCCCGUAGCCAAGUGAUUUUGGGGGGUUGUGGCAUAGUUGGAAAACAAAGCUUUGUGAAAGAUUUGUAAUUUUGUUUCAUUUCAGGUCCGAAAAUUCAUGAAGCCUACCCUUGUAUCAACAUUUCUUGGAGCAACUUAAAGAUCGUCUCAUGUGGGGGGAAAAGGGGGAACCGUCCUAGCUUGCAGCAUUCCAGGCUUGCAGGACAACAAAAUUAAAGAUAUUUUUGUAGUUUGAGUUGUAUGUUUUUCUAAUUAUUUAUACUGCACAAGUUCCCUUCUGAUCUUGUCAUUUCUUUGACUGAACUGAUAGCUUGGCAGGCUCCUUCGGUGGCAUACCUAAACGUUGCUGCAACUGCAGCUGUUAAGAUGCCAUCCUGCACUGGGCAAGUGGCGCAGAACCACGUCGUAAUUUGGCGUGCUAACCUUCAAGGCCUUUGCUGCUGUCUUGCUGGUGUGAUGCUGCAGGCAAUACUAGGCAAGGAGGCAGAGCUACUCUAAAGACUGCAAAUCUUCCAUAAAAGGGGCCAUUUGUGCCCAGAGUCGGGUGGAAAGGACUGGCGAUGGGUGUGUAUAGCAAUGCAGAUGUUAGGUCCUGUGUUCUUUCCUUACCCUGCUCCGUUCAGCACCAAUUGAUGCUCCUCCUUUUCUUUUGUACAGUUUGUAUCUUUGUUACAUAAAUCGCGCGCGUUAAUAAAACUAAUCACCCAGGCGUCGUUU